AUGGCUGGCCUUCAGCACUACAAGAUCGCCAUGGACCCGGCCCUGGUCCGGCUCGGGAGCAUGAUCAGCAACCGCUAUAAGUAUUUCCGUUGGACCAAACGCACCGCUCUCGUCUCCUUCAUGUAUGUUGUUGUUGUGCCCAGCACUAUCGGCUACCUUGCCUAUAAGACGGACGGUCUUUGGGAUCUGCGGGCAAAGAGGAGGGGCGACCUCAUCUCCGAGCGCUGA